AUGCCUGGUGAUCAAAUGAGCCUAUUGACAGUUCAACAGUUCGACGAUGUACUUACAGAUUUGUUACUAGACAAGAUCUUUCUUUGGUUCCGGACAUUCAAAUUAAAUCCCAGCUACCGUGAAACAAACGUCUCACGCGAAAUUCUUGUUGACAUUGUAAAAAGAAACGUGAUACAGCUGAACAAACUAAAUGACGCCGUUCAUGAGCUGCUGCA